AUGCGGAUACUAGUGUCAGCAGUUCUCAGGUCCGCCAGACCAUCACCACGCCUACGACCCCUAUCGAGUUUCUACAUCAACCCCACCAUCGUCGGACGAGACCUGUCGCGAAGCUUCACGUCCAGCACAGCCCGUCGCAGCCAGCUUGACGACGACGCAAGCAUGGCUCCCAAAUUCGAGCUCAAGACCCCCAAGGGCACGCGGGAUUGGGCAGGGAAGGAUCUGGUUGUCCGCGAGAAAAUCUUUGCCAAUAUUGUCGACGUCUUCAAGCGUCACGGUGGUGUCUCUCUCGACACUCCCGUCUUCGAGCUCAAGGAGAUCCUGUCGGGCAAGUACGGAGAGGACAGCAAGUUGAUCUACGACUUGAAGGACCAAGGCGGCGAGCUGUGCUCUUUGCGAUACGACCUGACGGUCCCCUUUGCGAGAUGGCUCGCGUGCAACAAGGACGUCCAGAAUAUCAAGCGUUAUCACCUCUCCAAGGUCUACAGACGUGAUGCCCCCGCUGUCGCGAAAGGUCGCAUGCGAGAGUUCUACCAGUGCGACUUCGAUAUCGCCGGCGCGUAUGACGCCAUGAUCCCCGAUGCUGAGAUCAUCCGGAUCAUUGUCGAGGUUUUUGACGGCCUUGGCUGGGGCGGAAACUACACAAUCAAGCUGAACCACCGCAAGAUCCUGGACGGUAUCUUUCAAGUCUGCGGUGUCCCCGAUGACAAGCUGAGGACGAUAUCCUCGGCCGUCGACAAGCUGGACAAGUCGCCGUGGGCUGAAGUGCGACGCGAGAUGACCGAGGACAAGGGGCUGGCCGAGGACAUCGCGGACAGGAUAGGCGAAUGGGUGGUGCUGAAGGGCAAGCGGGAGCUGCUGGAGAAGCUGCAGAAGGACGAGAAGCUCUCUGCCAACGAGUCGAUGAAGCAGGGCAUGGCUGAUCUUGAGCUGUUGUUCACAUACCUCGAGGACCUCGAGGCCCUCGGCCCGGUCUCGUUCGACCUGAGUCUUGCCCGUGGUCUUGACUACUACACCGGCGUCAUCUACGAGGUUGUUACCGAGGGCUCAGCACCCCCUGUUGCCUCUGCCACGGACGGCGAGAAGCCGGCAAAGAAGAAGAAGUCAAAGGCUAGCGAAGACGACGACCGUUCUGAUGACCCCACCGUCGGUGUUGGCAGUGUUGCGGCGGGUGGCCGUUAUGACAACCUCGUUGGCAUGUUCUCCGGCAAGAACCAGGUCCCCUGUGUCGGUAUCUCGUUCGGUGUGGAUCGCAUCUUCUCUAUCACCAAGGCACGGAUGGCAGCACAGAAGGCCGAGGUCCGGAAUAACGAGACCGAUGUCUACGUCAUGGCAUUUGGAGGCAAGGGCUUUAAUGGCAUGCUGAAGGAGCGCAUGUCCGUGUGCUCCACUCUGUGGAAGGAGGGCAUCAAGGCCGAGUUUCUGUACAAGAACAAGCCCAAGCUGCAGAACCAGUUCAAGGCAGCGGAAACCAACAACGUUCCGUUCGCGGUCAUCCUGGGCGAAGAGGAACUCGCGCAGGGCAAGGUCAAGAUCAAGCAGAUGGGCCUUUCGGAUGGGCACCCCGAGAAGGACGGCGUGCUCGUCGACCUCAGCAACCUGGCAGCCGAGGUCAAGACCAGGCUGGAGAGGAGUCACGCGUUGGACGAGCUGGCCGUGCGGGCAGAGGGCCUCAAGGUUGUCCACGGCAUCAAGGGCGAUGACAGCAAGCCCGCCGACAGCAAUGCCGAGGCGGCUGCUGUUGAUGCCGCGCUCGCCGAGCCUGCGAAAACAGAGUGA